UCAAUUGGCCGUCACAUGAGUCAGUCGUUAGUCGAAUUCGGAAGUGUGCAGAACUUUGCUAUGAAAACGAAUAUAAUUGGCCUGUGGCUCUUGACACUAAGUUGGUUGCAAUGUGUGCAAUCGCAGCUACCAAACUUACCGGAGCUGCCGGCGAAUGUGAAUUGCCUGACAGAACUGAAACGAGAUCCAAUUGAUCUAACAGCUAUGUCGGGCUAUUGGUACGAGAUUGUUCGUGCUCCGAAUAUGGAUAUUAUGAAGUGUUUGAAUGUCUCUGUGCCGUCGACUGCGGAUACGGAAUUGAACCUUCAAUUGGAGUAUAUCGAGACGAUUAAUCCGAAAAAGCCAUGGAUCGUUAAGGAGACUCUGUCGUUUCCCUGGGAUGAGAAUACUUCGAAUGGCGUUUUUCAACUCCAAUAUGAUUCGGCUUUUACGCUCACCUAUAAAGUGCAGUUCUCUGAUCCCAAACGCCUCGUCAUCCUUUGCGGCUAUGCGGCCUCAACGUCAUUGCCAAUCGUCAAAGUAUUCGCACGCCAGCCCGAGAUCCCAAAAUACCAGAUGGUUUUAAUUAACAAUCUGGUGCAGGCAAGUGGCUAUGCCGAUGAUAUUAUUUGGACGGAGCAAUCGCCGGAUCGCUGCAAUGCUGCAGUUCGUCCAGAAAUGGCAAUCCUAACCAUAUUCGCCCUGGCUAUCAUUCGAAUUUUGGGUAACUAGGGUGGGCUUAUCGUUAUAUUACCAGGAAAGGCUUCCAAGUAAUACUUUGUUAUUAUUGUAGUUUGUGAUUAGUCGUAAUUUCACAGUGUGUGUGUGUGUAUUAUUAAUAAUAAUAAUAGUAUUAAUAUUUAUCUAAUGUACUUUGUAUAUAAUAUUCUGUGUAGAGCACAAAGUGAUGUUAAAUGCCGUUCAACAAUUUUAUAUACACAUAUACAAUUUAUAAAAGCUUAGCUGUUGUUAUGUAUAUUGCUUCUUAUUAUAUAUUGUAUUGCUUAUCUGAAUUAAGAAAAAACUUUUCCUUAUUGAAAUCUUAUUGUUUUCUUAAUCAGAACCAUGUAUUAUAAGUUUCAAAUGCAGCUAUUUAUGAGCUAU